AUGGACUGUUUGACGUAUAUUUUUGGAGAACUUGGUAUGGAGUCACUGCUUUCGGAUGUGCCUUUGGUAUGCAAGUCUUGGUAUAGAGCAAGCCUCGAUCCUUCAUGCUGGGAAUGUCUCAUUUUUCAAGAAAUUGAAACUAGCUAUUUUGGUUUUCCCGUUGAAACUGAAAAUUGGCGCAGUGUCCCCCUUUUGCAAAGAUUUGUUGAUGAAUAUCAAAUUGAUGAGAGUCGUUUCUCUGUCACUGCAUUCAUAAAGUGUGGUAACCUCAAAGGUGUUGCCUUGCUUAGGAAUUUAGUUACCCACAAAUCAAGUGUAAUCCUUGAGCUAAUUGGUAAGUGGAAACAUUUGGAGUUUUUGAUACUGGGAAGCACUCAUCGUUUGGAGGAAAUCCUUUCACGGAUCAGCAUUCACUGCAAGGAUUUGUGUGCCUUACAUUUGGGGAAUGCUAAUAUCGGUAAAGAUGAGGCAACGGCAAUUGUUAGCUUCCUGCCCAAGAUUAAAUCUUUGUUCUUGAGGAGGAAGGCAGAGAUUGGUCGGGAUGCUCAUGCUCUUAUGGCGUUGUGA